AUGUUAAAAGCAUGUUCUGAAAUAGUAAACGAAUUAAUAACAGCCCAUGAACAAAACAAAGAUGUUAAUCUGAACGGAUUGAAAACAAAACAUUCAAGACUUAAUAAAUUAUCAAAUCAGCCUAAAUUGGUUGACAUUAUUUCAGCUAUACCUGAACAGUAUAAAAAUGCAUUAAUUGGAAAAUUGAAAGCCAAGCCUAUUAGGACUGCUAGUGGUAUUGCUGUUGUAGCUGUUAUGUGUAAACCACAUCGAUGUCCUCAUAUUGCAGUCACAGGAAAUGUUUGUGUAUAUUGUCCAGGUGGUCCAGAUUCAGAUUUUGAAUAUUCAACACAAUCAUAUACUGGUUAUGAACCAACAAGUAUGAGAGCUAUUAGAGCAAGAUAUGAUCCUCUAGAACAAGCCAGAGGCCGUGUUGAUCAAUUGAAAAGCUUGGGUCACAGUGUUGAUAAAGUUGAAUAUAUUAUUAUGGGUGGUACGUUUAUGUCACUGCCUGAAGAUUAUAGAAAUUGGUUUAUUGCCAAUUUACAUAAUGCUUUAUCUGGUCAUACAACUAAUGAUGUUGAUGAAGCUGUAAGGUAUAAAGCAUGUCCUUUUAUGCCAAAAUAUAAACUAAAUGUAAACAAGGAAUUGUCCUAUUAUAGAUAUUCGGAGCAAAGUAUGACAAAAUGUAUUGGAAUUACUAUUGAAACGCGUCCUGAUUACUGUUUGAAGCCACAUUUGAGUCAAAUGUUACGGUAUGGAUGUACUCGCUUAGAAAUAGGCGUACAGAGUGUAUACGAAGAUGUAGCAAGAGAUACAAAUCGUGGUCACACGGUUAAAGCCGUAACUGAAACCUUUCAAUUAGCAAAAGAUACAGGAUUUAAGGUUGUUUCUCAUAUGAUGCCAGAUUUGCCCAAUGUUGGUAUGGAAAGAGAUUUGGAUCAGUUUAAGGAAUAUUUUGAAAAUCCUGCCUUUCGAACCGAUGGGCUAAAAAUUUAUCCAACUUUGGUUAUUCGUGGAACUGGACUUUACGAAUUAUGGAGAACAGGUCGAUAUAAAAAUUAUACGCCUAACGCAUUGGUUGACCUGAUUGCUAGAAUUCUAGCCCUUGUUCCUCCUUGGACUAGAAUUUACAGAGUACAAAGGGAUAUUCCAAUGCCCUUGGUUACAUCAGGAGUUGAGCAUGGUAAUUUACGUGAGUUGGCAUUAAAUCGAAUGAAAGAUUUAGGUAUCGAGUGUAGGGACGUCAGGACUCGAGAAGUUGGAAUUCAAGAUAUUCAUAAUAAAGUUAAACCCGAAGAGGUUGAAUUAAUAAGACGUGAUUAUGUAGCAAACGGUGGUUGGGAAACAUUUUUAUCUUACGAAGAUCCAAAACAAGAUAUCCUAAUAGGUUUAUUACGACUUCGAAAAUGCACCACUAAUUCUCCACAUAGUGUGUUUCGACCAGAACUUAUUGAAUAUCCAACUUCAAUUAUAAGAGAGUUGCAUGUUUAUGGGAGCGUAGUACCAAUGCAUAGUAGAGAUCCUAUGAAGUUCCAGCAUCAAGGAUAUGGAACUUUGCUGAUGGAAGAAGCAGAACGAAUUUCUCUGGAAGAACAUGGAAGUGCAAAAAUUGCUGUUAUUAGUGGUAUUGGAGUUAGAGGGUAUUAUGAGAAAUUGGGAUAUCGAUUGGAAGGUAAGUGGAACGAUGUUGAUUUUGAAAAUUGUUGA